AUGUGCAACGCUCAGCGGCUGGGCCUCAAGUUCCUCGUUGGGCUGGCGGACCCAGAAAUCGCGCGGUGGAUGGAGAGGGAGCAUGGGGAGGUAGAGACGUAUCCUCUCUUCGAGCAUGCAGAGGUCUCUGCCGAGGGAGAGUUCAUGAGCUCCAACUUCUUCAGGAUCGUGUGGAGGGCGAUGGAGCUGGUGCGGGAGCUGUUGGACAGCGGCAUCAGCGUCUUCUUCAUCGACGUGGACGUUCACCUGCUGCAAGAUCCUCACUUGUACCUCAGCAGCAACUGCGACCUUGUCUAUCAGCAGAACCACUGCGGUGCCGACGCUCCUGCCCGCACUGCCAUGGAGGUGACUGAGCCCAACUCCGGCCUGUACCUGGUCAAGUCGCGGUGGGCCAGCAAGCAGUUCCUGUCGGAGAUCCUGCUCAACAAGCCGGCGGACAGGAAGAGCGGGGAGAAAUACUCUCAUGCUGAGAGAGUUCAGAUCCAGUACUGGGAGCAUCUCAAGCGUUGGUACGGGUUUCAACGAGCUGUCCUAUCGCAGCUCCCCGAGGAGAACGACAAGGAGAGGAAGAAACAUGUCGCCAAGUUUUGUGCUGCUGAUUCACACAAGUUCGCGACCGGAUGGGCCCUGGAGCGUGAUAACUUCUCGAUUAUCAAAUCCGAAGUCAUCGCCCUUCAUAUCAACUGCAUCACUGGAAGGCAGAACAAGAUCGACAAGCUGAGAAAUCUGAGUUUGUGGUGCCCCUGA